UAGAGAGCCGGUGACCUAUAUCAUAAGUGUGUAUCUGAUCAUGCAGGAGGUCUGCAGACUGUGAGGAGUUUGAACUAUAACGAUACAGCAUGUACAAAAUGCAAAACCCUUAUGACAAGUGGAGCCAGCCUGGUUGGAAAAUAGAGCAGAAGUAUGGCAACAAAGUGCUCAUUGGUAAUUGGGUGGAGGAGAAAUUACAAUUCGCUCGAGAGUGUAAGACAGCAAACAGCUCCAACAGGCUGGACUACAUACCGCACAUGUUGCACAGGCCUGAUGUUGUCAUGCGGCGAAAGGCUCUUCGCAGAUCAGAGGGCGUUCCCUCAAGGCAGUUACUUUCUCAUCACGAUGUCCCGUCCUCCCACUACCUGGUGUCCCUGUAUGAUGAGUCUUACGGGCGUCAGACCUCCUCCUCUCUGCCCACACUGCGCUCCUGGCACCCUGACAAACUGGCCUGGGUCCCGGAGAGGUCAGACCACCCAGUCCAAGGCCCCCCUACUAAGUUUGGCUUGGCUGAGUGUUGGCGCACUCGUGUGGAACAACAGCGGGCAGUUGUGCCUGCAUUAAGCUUGUAUAAGGCUUCAUACCCUCUGCACCCCAUCAGCUCCUUCUGUCAUUCCCGCCACGUCAGCAUGCCCAAGCGCUUCUCCAGCAGUCAGCACCCUGCCAACCACAGCAAGCCGGAGCUGGCACUGAAACCUAGACCCUGCAGGCAGGUCUCCAGUAAUCCAGCCAGCCCGCUGUGACCCUUAGCCUUUGUCUCAGCACCUUCAACCCUGCAGUACCGCCCCAGUCUCAGUCUGGAGAGAGGGCUUCAAUUUCUCACUUUAUUGAUCAAUAUGGCACUUAAAAACAGGAGCAUUUUGGUGUGUUUGUGGCUAGACAAAUAAAAGAGACACUGUACUGACCCGCGGUUAUGGAGUGGUCUAACUGUUUGUUGACAGCACUUCAAAUGUUUAGCAUAUAAUGUUUGUAAAUGUAUGAGUUCAUUCAAUCAUUUUCUUAUCAGCUUAGUCCCUUUAUUAAUCAGGGGUCACCACAGCGGAAUGAACCGCCAACUUAUCCAGCACUUGUUUUACGCAGCGGAUGCCCUUCCAGCCGCAACCCAACACUGGGAAACACCCAUACACUCUCAUUCACACACAUACACUAGGGACAAUUUAGCUAACCCAAUUCACCUAUAGCAUGUCCUUGGGCUGUGGGGGAAACCGGAGCACCCAUGAGGAAACCCACGCCAACACAGGAAGAACAUGCGUACUUCACACAGAAAUGCCAACUGACCCAGUUGGGGCUUGAACCAGCGACCUUCUUGCUGUGAGGCGAUUGUGCUACCCACUGCACCACCGUGCUGCCCAAUGUAUGUAAGUUUUAAAUUAUAUUAGAGAUAGGAUUAACAUAAUUCAAAUCAAAGCUAAAUCAAUAUGUUGGGUUUUAUAUUCUAUUCCAGUUUGCUGUUGAUAUAUAAUGUGUCA